GUGGUCACUUCCCUCUUCCGGGGAGUUCACCACAGCGUCCUAUCCCCCAACCCGCCCCCAUCGUCUUCGACAUCGUUCACGACACGCACACAGCGAGGACUUCACCGUCUCAUCCUGUACGCGUCAUGUCUAUCCAGCCCCUCAGCGGUACUCCGGCUUCCAAGGCAAAGCGCUCGUCCAAGAUGGCCUCCAGCCAGUCGCUGAACCAUCUGCUCAACUUUACCCUUCCGCCGAGGCAGUCCCAUCAGAACCAGAGCCUCCCUCGACGGAACAGGAGGUCGAAUGCGCAUCCGGCAGUAUGGAACAAGGAGAGAUUCGUGAAUGCUCAGUAUCGCUUCGUUAUGAACCCUCAUGGCGACUACACUGUCCAUUUUGCGGAUCCUGACAUUUUCUUCCAGUGGCAAGAUAUCCUGCAGGUUAUCGUCCCACGUACCUCUGCUAUUGCUUCUGCUGCUGGCUCAGGAGAACAAGCCGCCGAAGGCGAAGGCCUCACCACAUGUCCCAUCUGCCUCUCGCCUCCUACUGCCCCGCGCAUGACCAAAUGCGGUCACGUAUUCUGUUUCCCGUGUAUCCUGCACUACCUUAAUACCGCCGAUAAUACCAAGUGGGUGCGGUGCCCCAUCUGUUUCGACUCUGUCCACGAGAGACAGCUCAAGGCUGUCAAGUGGUUUGACGAAGUGCUCCCGAUCGAUGACGUAGAAGACCCCUCUGCGCAGGCAUCAUCCUCUUCCUCCAGCGCUGACGAUGGCUUGGUCGUGACACCUCGGCCCGGCUCUACAGUCCGCAUGCGCUUGAUGCAGAGGCCUCAGAUCACUACGCUCGCACUUCCUCGCUCUGAGACUUGGCCUUCCGAUCUGCUACCCCCGCACCAGGCGCCCUUCCACUUUCUACCCGACGUCUUCCCCUUCGCGAAAUUCAUGCUCGCAACCCCUGCGUACCUCAUCCAAGAUUUGACGAAGGAUCUCGACGAUCUAGUGACUGAGCGGCGCAUGCUAUCUAGCAUGGGUGACGAACUCGGUGUAGCCUUUGUGGACGCCGCCGACGCCAAGCUUCGCCUGCAGGUAGCGAAAGCCUCUGCGUUGGAGACAUCGCAGUUACAAGAGGCUGUGGACGGCGCCCUUCAUGCUCACCAACAGAUCCAUGCUCGUGCGAAUCUCCACGACAGACGUAGGAAAGAUGAUCAAGCUCGUGCUCCUCGUCCUCAGCCCGAGGAGAUACCCCAGGAAUUGCUGGCCAGUCAGAAUGGCGGCUUCAUUCCACACAACGCGCUCAAGACGCCGAUCUCAGCGGCAUCUACAUCACCAUCGGCCCGGCCUUCGACUCCUACUCGUGGCCCUCGGCAGCGCCGGAACCUCAACCCUCCGCCGCCUUCGACAUCGACCUACUAUUAUUAUCAGGCAGCGACAGGCAUGCCUAUCUUCCUACAUCCGCUGGACAUCCGCAUUCUCUUCUCGCAUUUCAACAGUUAUGCGGCUUUCCCAGAUACCAUAUCGAUCCGCGUAGAAUCUUAUGCGGAAAGCACGGUCAACGACGACUUGCGCAAGCGGUGCAAGUACCUGGCCCAUUUCCCCGAGGGCGCGGACGUAGUCUUCGUCGAAGCGAACCUUGAAGACGUCGUCGGCGCGGACGGACUCAAGAACUUCGAAGGUCCACUUCGUAUGCGCCGUGCACGGCGCAAGGAGAAGGACAAGAAGGACGACAAGGCCCGAGCGCGCGCGGAAGAGCGCGAGAAGGAGAGGCUCGCACAUACCUGGGAGACCGCGGCGCAUGUGGUCGCUCCUCCGUCGUCCAUGCGGCCGCCCACUCCUCUCGGCGUGGAAGUCGACGAACUGGCGGAGGCUGUUGCGGAACAGCCGCCGGCGCAGACACAGGAGGCUACCGGGGCAUGGGGAGCGAGGAGCUUCGCUUCCGCCGCGCAGAGCCGGUCGACGGGCCAGCGGGCUCCCCCUGCGCGCCGUGAACGGCCUGCGGACGAGGAUGAGUGGGAUCUCGAUGUCGCCUUCCAUGAGUUGGAGCAGCGAGGUUCGAGAAGCAGUGGGGGGAAGAAGAGAAGCGCGAAGAUGGUGGUUCUGGGCGGUGGCGGCGGGAGGAGACGGUGAUAUAGCUGACAUAUACGCAAGGACCACAUACACAUAACACAUAUUCUUCUCGCAUUGUGUUUUUAGUACGCGCAACCGGCAUCCAGGAACAAGUGUAUCAACAGUUUUGGGCAAUUCAGCAGUUAUAAUUUAUUCGGA